AUUACGAUUACAAAUCGUCCUUUUGUCCAUAAAGUUAUUUAAUUAAAUGCAUUUUCUUUAGGUUACUUACACGAAUCGAUAAAUAAAUUACUUUUUCUGUGUCUUUGCCUCCACGCCCGUGCAUUUGUAAAUAAAAAAUAAUAUUUGUCAAUUGCUUGUUCCCGCUAGUUUUUCGAAUAUUUAUUUUGCUUUUGUAUUUUACAUUUACAAUGAUUGUAUCAUAUCCUUUUGCUACAAGCAUGUCUAGUUUAGCUAACCAGCAGAAGACCAUUCGGCUGGUUAACGUUGUGCCAGCUCCUAAAAUCACUAAGAUAAAGAAAGAAUUAGUGGAGGAUGAAGAAGACACAGUGUGCUGCCGGCUGUGUGGCAAAUCAUUUGCCAAUGAGCGAGCGCUGGGAAACCAUGCGCGCAUGGAGCAUAUUGACGCGUACGCCAGCGGGGACCCAAAUGUGUGGACACAGGAACUGUUUGCUGGCAAGAAGGCUCGCAUCGCAGCGGAGAACCAGCUUAUCCAGCAACGCACGGAGCAGAUGCUGUCCGUCAUGGAGCCGACCAGCCUCACCAGCCUCGCCUCUUCCGACGUCAGCUACAUCAUUAUCAAAGCAGAGGACCAGGAGCUAGCGGAGACUGCCACCGUCACCAAGCGGCGCAAGGUUGAGAAGGCCAAGGAAAAGGUGGUGGUCAUGAGGAAGGAGAAGGAAGCUCAGCCCAUCACCGGUCCGUUCGAGUGUCUCCAGCCGUCAGCGAGCGUGCCGGGCGGCACGUGCCACCAGAUCUUCUUCUCGUGCUGCGAGUACUCGGCGCACCACCGCGACGAGCACACGCGCCGGCGCAAGGGCGUGCGCUGCCAGGUGUGCGAGGCGCCGCUCCGGCCCGCCGACAGCGCGCCUCAUGUCUGCCAGGUGUGCGGUCAGGGCUUCGAGACGAUAGACGAGCUGACCGACCACACCAACUCUGCGCACGUCAAGCUCAAGCCGUACGAGUGCAGCGUGUGCCACAAGCGGUUCACGCAACAGGGCGGCGUGCAACAGCACAUGCGUAUGCACACGGGCGACCGCCCCUUCCCCUGCACCUUCUGCCCUAAAGCCUUCACGCAGAAAUCAGGCCUAGACCAGCACCUCAGGAUCCACACCAAAGUCAAGCCGUACCGCUGCGUGAUAUGCGAUAAGAAGUUCUGCCAGUCCGUCCAUUUGAAACAGCACAUGCGCACGCACACACACGUCGCCCCGUUUCAGUGCGCCAUCUGUCAGAAACGGUUCAAACAAUCCAGCCAUCUGAACUACCACCUGCGCGCGCACAACGCCAACGCGGACAAGGAGUUCUAUGUAGGUGAGAAGGAGGUUGUUGAGGUGGAAAUAUCGCAAGAUGUCGCUAUGUACGCGGAGCAGAACGACGAGUAUAUAGUUGGUGACGCGUGGGAACCGGUACAGGGACAGGAGACUUAG